AUGUUGGCAGCUGGCAGAAUUGUGAUCCAGCUUUACAAGUCUGUGGCCCCACGAACAACAGAAAACUUCAGGUGCCUCUGCACUGGGGAAAAAGUGGGUAGCAACGGUCUUCCCCUCACUUAUAAAGGAACUGAAUUCCAUAAAGGCAAGCUACCUCAAUCAACUUCUUUAGUCCCCAAUCUGAUCAUACAGGGAGGAGAUAUUCAUAGCUCCAAUGGAAGUGGAGGAGAGAGCAUUUAUGGGAAGACCUUCCCUGAUGAAGAUUUCUCUGUCAAGCAUGAUCUCCCUGGACGAGUGAGCAUGGCCAAUUCAGGCCCACACACAAAUGGAUCUCAGUUCUUCUUCACCCUGCGUCAAUCUCCUCAUCUGGAUGGAAAAUAUGUGGCAUUUGGCCAAGUUGUGGCAGGACUAGAUGUCCUUUUCCAUGUUCAGAAUGCUAAAACUGACGAAGAUGGUCAUCCUAUCAAAGGGGAUGGAGUGAAAAAGGCAGUGGAAGGAAUAAAGAAAGCUGGAAAUUCUUUCUUCCAGAAGAAAGACUACUUAAAAGCAGAUGAGAAGUAUAAGAAGGCCCUCAGAUACAUUGAUAAAUUUGAAGAAAAUAUACCAUUGGGAAGGAAAGCAUCUCCCCUAUCUGAUGAUAGGAUUUCUUGCUUGCUCAACCAUGGAGCAUGUUGCCUACACAUUCAAAAAUACAAUCUUGUCAUCGCUGCAUGUUCUGAGGUUCUGCAGCUGGAACCAGGAAACACCAAGGCCCUGUAUCGCAGGGCUAAGGCCUUUCAUGCAAUUCAAGAAUAUGAGAAGAGUAUAGUUGAUCUUCAGAAGGCUAUGCGGGCAGGAAACCAAACCAGUGAAUUAGGAAAUCUGCUCAAGGCUGUUCGACGAGAUUACAGCCAACAUCAGGCCAAUAUGAGCAAGAAAUUUGCAAAAAUGUUUCAGCCCAGCUCACCCUAGGGGUAUCAAGCAAGAUUUUUCUUUCCAUUGUGAUCUCCUUCAAUAAGCCAUUCUUUGUACAUUUGCCUUGCUUUUUACCAAGGAUUUUUGAGAACAUUUUUUUAUACCCCCAAGGAAGUUCUGGCUUCAAUUCAAACUCAUUGUAUUGGAUUGAUAUUCAUGAAUGUGAACUCCCCUCUGUUUAGUCUCAUUUUAGAACUUCAUUUGGAUUUCUUAGGCUUUGAGUAACUGUCAACAUUUCAACUUUCCUUGACAUGACAGCUCAAAGCUUGCUUGCAGGAUUGGUCUAUUAAGUCUACUGUACAUGCCAAGAUAUGUGAUGCUUGGAAGUAGAUUAAAAUGACUAUGAUGAUAAAUUUCCUUGUUCUGUAUUUGUCUCUGGUUCCUGCUUUUCAAAUCCCUGGUCCUUUGUCCUUGUGUGAAAUAAUCUCACCCUCUCGUUCACUCUGUAUCUCCCCUUAACUAUGGCUUUUAAAUUACAUAUAUGUGCCACACUUUUUGCUCAUUUUUCCUACUUAUCCAGGUAUCAUUCAUUGUUUUGUGUUAUACAUUUUCCAUAUGAUUUUUUGCCUCUUCUGCAUGUUUUCUGAAUAUUUUAAAUCAUAAAUGGAACAAAGAGCCUAGUACGAUUUUAAUAAGUGGUUGUUAGUUGAAAAGAAGAAAGCAAGAGAUAAGAUGCCCUGUGAUAUUUUGUGAUUUCUUGGGACUGUUGAUCUUGUAAAUGUAACUUUGCAUUUCUCUCUUAAAUGCCUGCGAUGUAUCGCCACAUGCUGUGAGUCAGUUAAGAAUAGCAUGCUUUGCCUUGGGUUGUGAGCUCCAAGCACAAAAAUCUUACUCUAGAGGUAGUUCACUAUCUUUUUUUUUGAGUUAUGAAAAUAUGCCAAACUAAGUACAAAACCUUAUUAGAGAAAAUUCUCUGAUAGGAAAUUUAAAAAAAAGAAAAGAGUGAUUCUUUUGCUUUGUUGGGGGCCAGUAUUGAUAUGUUAUUGAUGUUGGAUUUGGAUUGAAAGAGAUGAAGGGUUUGGGGCAGAACCUGGAGUGCUUUGUCUUAAUGAAGUUUGUCAUCAUUGACAUUUCAUCUAACUCUUUCUUUGAUUCAGUGAAUUAUUCAUUUUCUGUCCUAUUUUUAUGGUCCUUUAUGUCUUUCACUUGUGUGACCAGUUGUGGAUGAAGAAUUGUCAAGCGAUGAGAAAGGGCUAAUGUGUCAGUGUUCUUUCCUUCUGACUUUAUUUUUUUUGUAUGCAUCUGAGUUGUUUAUGUCAUGCAUUACUGAUGCCUAAUUGAACC